GUUCGCAAUCUCGACAUGUUGACACUGCGAUCUCAAUGACUCGAAGCGCAAUCGAGUACAUAGCCGCGGGUGGCAACAGACAUCCAUCCGCGGCUGACUGGGCGCCUUCACUUCUUGCCUACGGCGCCGGCAAUAACAUCGCCUUGUGGAACCCAGAAGAUGAACAGUACAGAGGCGUGCAUGCACUGCUUGCCGGGCACACAGACCUCGUCAAUGCGAUCAAGAUAAUUGACGCCGCAGAUCAGCGCCUCAUUGUAAGUGGCAGUGCAGAUAAGACCAUCCGGAUCUGGUCAACUACCACGAAAUCCAAUGGAGAGUUCCAAGAGGUCCAGUGCCUGACAGAACACACCGCGUCCGUCAACGCCAUCGCCACAGCUUCAAAGCUUGGCUUGAUCGCAACAGGCGCAGCAGACGGCACAGUCAAGAUAUGGCAGUUGGAAGGUACAACAGUUAAGCUAACUCAGUCCAUCUCACUGAAACCACGCUACUUUCCUUUGUGCCUCGCGCUCAUAGCUCUCGAAAAUGGCGGUGCAGUCCUCGCAGUUGCUGGGACCGCCAGUCACAUCCAGUUGUAUUCACAGAAGGAGGAGAGUCACGGCGAAUUUGAACUUCACGCCACUUUGACAGGCCAUGAAGGCUGGAUCAGAUCUCUGGAUUUCACAUAUGAGUAUUCCGCCCCUGGAAGCAACAUUCUACUGGCAUCUGCCAGCCAAGACAAAUAUGCUCGACUUUGGCGCUUCCGAAGAGGCAAUAACACUGCGACCAUCUCCGUCAGCGAAGCGAGCGAGCUUGUGACAGCUGCGGAGAAGACAUCCUUGUCCAACAAAGCCCACACAGUCGGUGAUGGAGUCUCACAGCACACUGUGACGUUCGAAGCCUUGCUCAUUGGUCACGAAGACUGGAUUUACACAGCUCGUUGGGCGCCGAGAGCACGCGAUGGCGCAGUGCCUGCUUUGCUCACAGCAUCUGCAGACAAUUCAUUAUCGAUAUGGAACAGGGAACCAGCCUCUGGGCUCUGGGUAUGUAGUAGUCGGCUGGGCGAGAUAAGUUCUCAGAAAGGGUCAACAACGGCGACUGGCAGCACAGGUGGAUUCUGGGUCGGACUUUGGCAACAUGACUCGAAUUCGGUGGUCAGUCUGGGCCGGACGGGAAGCUGGCGAAGAUGGAGGUAUGACUUGGUCAGCGAUAUGUGGACGCAGGACGUGGGCAUUGGCGGGCACGUUGAAGAGGUGCGCAGUCUCGCUUGGGCACGAUCUGGACAAUACUUGCUGUCCACAGGUUCCGACCAGACCACCCGCCUUUACGCAACAUGGAAGCGGCAAGGCGGCGAAGCGCUGUCCUGGCAUGAAUUCGCACGUCCGCAAAUACAUGGCUACGACCUCAACUGCAUCGAUAUCGUCACUGAAGAUCGUUUCAUUUCAGGAGCCGACGAAAAGCUGCUUCGAGUUUUCGACAAACCUCGAGCGAUUGAGAAUCUUCUGGCGAAAUUGAGCGGCGCUGCGACUUCUGGAUCAGCUCAUCUCCCGGACGCUGCUGACAUACCAGUGCUUGGUUUGUCAAACAAAGCAGUGACGACCGCGAAUGGCGACGAGCAAAAUGGCAUGGCUGAGGACACAACACUCGAUACAGGCGAUCCAGAAGCGGCAGACACUGCUCCCACCAAAGCCAACCUCGAUCUCGAGCAGCCUCCAUUCGAAGAUCACCUCGCGCGGCAUACACUAUGGCCCGAACACGAGAAGCUGUACGGCCAUGGUUAUGAGAUAUCCGCGGUCGCUACCAGCAACGACGGCUCCCUGGUUGCCACAGCUUGCAAAGCGAGCUCGUUGGACCACGCUGUCAUUAGACUGUAUGAAACGAAGGAGUGGCGCGAGGUCAAGCCUCCCCUUACUGCUCACAGCUUGACGGUCACGAGCCUGUCCUUCUCACCAGACGAUCGCUUUCUCCUGAGUGUGGGGAGGGACCGGCAGUGGGCCUUGUUUGAAAAAAGUGGCGAUGCAUCGAGCACAUAUGCGCUGCUCGUAAGUAAUCCAAAGGGACACUCCCGCAUGAUCCUGGAUUGUUGCUGGGCCCCUGCAGCUGCUGGACAUGUGUUUGCGACGUCGGGCAGGGAUAAGAGUGCAAAGAUAUGGAGGCUGCAUGGCGGAACGGCGGAGUGCAUAUCCACGCAUGCGGUUGCAGCACCUCUGACUGCUAUCGCUUUUGACAGUCAAGUCCACGAAGGCCGUUUGGUAUUGGCAGCAGGAGAUGAAACCGGCAACAUCGGCCUCAUUAACAUCGAAAGCGAUACUCUUGACAUAAUAGGAUCGGAGAACAUGGCUGCGCAAAUUGUGCCCUCGAAAGCGGUCAGCUCUUUACGCUGGAGGCCUGCAGCACGCGAAGCUUCAUCCAGCGGUUGCUCAUAUUUAGCUGCAGCAAGCGACGACUUCUCCAUGCGUAUAUAUCGCAUAGAUUGAUGUACAGUUAGCCGGCAAGCCGGCUUCGACACCGCCGCAAAACCGACACCUGUCACACAGCACUUAAGCAAAUGUUGCACAUGCCUGUAAUCUGCAUAUGGAAAAUCACGUCCGCUGGCAUAGUCACAGCAUCGAAAAGAUCUUGGUUCGUGAUACGAAGGGCCACUCAGCAACGCUGGUGACAGGGGGAUCGCGUGCAGACUUGGGCAGCUGCAGUGACAUAUAUAUCCGGCUGGGUUUGGCUCCAACUUCCGCGGAAUUGGCACUCCCAACCACAAAUGUUCACUUGCAAAGAAGGUUUUCAGAGACGGAGCGAGUUCCUAGCGCAUCGCAAUGAUGUUCAUUUAUGGACGUUUGACCUGCAACAAGAGCCGCGGUGCAGAAGCACGGCGUCUCUGGAAGAGGGCCACUCGGCUCCAAGCCCAAUCAAUCCGGUUCAGCUUUUGCGGCGCUCCGGAAAGGCCUGAAAGGUUGUUCUCAUUGGGUGCGCUUCCAGCAUGCGUGACCGUAGUGCUGAUCAAUUCCUGGCUAUUUUGCUGUCGAUUUUUAAGGUCCUGACCAGUGACAAAUCUCGUCCAUUGGGAUGCCAGGG